AUGGGCUCCGUCGUGAAUUGUGAUGUCCUCAUUGUGGGAGCUGGUUUCAGUGGGAUGUAUGGUCUUUAUCGGCUUCGAAAGCUCGGGUUGAAAGUCAAGGCAUUUGAAGCCGGCAGCGAUUUUGGGGGUGUUUGGUACUGGAACCGAUACCCUGGUGCUCGAGUCGAUUCAGAAUGGCCGUUCUAUCAAUUGAGUCUUCCCGAGGUGUGGAAAGAUUGGAAUUUUACUGAGAGAUUCCCGGAUCACAACGAGAUUCGUGCGUACUUUCACCAUGUGGAUAAAGUGCUCGACCUGCGAAAGGAUAUCGAAUUCGACGCCCGGGUGAACUCCUGUGUUUGGGAUGGUACAGAAGGUAGAUGGACAGUCAAGACGGUGGCCGGACACCUCGCAAUGUGCAAAUAUCUUUUCCUCUGCACCGGCCUCCUUUACCAGCGGCACUAUCCUGACUUUCCCGGGUUUGAAAAAUACAAAGGCGUGGUUCACCAUUCGGGCUUUUGGCCUGACCACUUGGAUAUGACCGGGAAAAAGGUCGCCGUGAUCGGCGCUGGAGCGACUUCGGUGCAAAUCGUGCAAGACCUCACCAAGGUGGCCAGUCAACUCGAUAUGUACAUGCGUCGGCCUAGCCUGUGUCUUCCGAUGGCCCAACGAGACAUCAGCGAAGCGGAGCAAGAUUGCCUCAAGCCGUACUAUGGAACAUUGUUCAAACAGGGACGGAAAUCCGCCGGAGGCUAUCCAAGAUACCCCCCCGACUGCUCGAUAUUUGACGUCUCGGACCAGGAGAGAGAGGACUACUAUGAACAUCUUUGGAAAGCCGGGUCGUUUGGUUUUGGGGCGUCAAACUAUAAAGAGAUCUGGGUCGACCUCAAGGCCAACCGACUCGCUUAUGACUUUUGGGCCAAGAAGACACGAGCACGCAUAUCAGAUCCAAAGAAACGAGAUCUGAUGGCUCCAUUAGAGCCGCCUUACCCUAUCCUGACCAAACGAAGUCCCCUGGAACAAGACUACUAUGAAACGCUGGAUUCGAAUCACGUCGAGAUUGUGGAUCUGAAAACUACUCCAAUCAAAACUUUCAGUGAGAAUGGGAUUGUCACCGCAGACGGAAAAGAGAGGGAGUAUGACUACGUUAUCCUUGCCACGGGUUUCGAUAGUUUUACUGGCUCGGUUUCCAACAUGGGCCUCAAAAGCAGAGACGGGGAAGAUAUCAAAGAUCUCUGGUCCAAAACCGGAAUCAGCACCUAUUUGGGUAUUAUGAUCCGUGGAUUUCCCAAUUGCUUUAUGGUCUACAGCCCUCAAGCGCCGACAGCACUGUCCAAUGGACCGACGAUCUUGGAAUGUCAGGUCGACUGGGUGGUGGACGCGAUCGAAAAACUCGAAAAAGAAGGCGUCAAAUCCAUUGAGCCCAAACAAGAGGCUCAAGACGCCUGGGGAGAGAUGAUUACUUCUAUGAGUCAGCAAACGCUUUUCCCCUUGACGAAUUCAUGGUGGACAGGCGGCAACAUCCCUGGAAAAAAGGUCCAGAUGCUCACCUACACUCGAGGGAUUGGCGAGUAUGAGCCUCAAUGUCGGGAGACACUCGAUAGCUGGAAGGGCUUUGAGGUCGCCAGCGCGUGA